AGCUAACAUGGCAGCUCCACUUUAUCAUCCUGGUGCUAGGGUUGCCGCCCUGGUCGAAUGAUGAGCACCUUAUCCCCCGGCUAAACAAGAGAAUAUCAAGAACAGCCAGGUAAAGACUCAUCUUAUGGCAUCCAUUGAGGAUUCUGAGGAGAAAUCGGCCAAAGUCGUGUCCCCACUACAUAGAAGUGCUAAAGAAUUAGAGAAGCAGUUUGACCUGCUGAAGUCAUUCAAAGGAUCCACAGAAUCUGUAGACGACAAGAGAAAUAUUUUCUUGGAGGAAGAUCGUUUUCUGGAGACAUUCCUCAGGUGUCUGAUCUGCAGAGAGCUUUACAACAUUACCGAACGUCCCCCAAAGAUUCUGCCUUGUCAUCAUACUUUGUGCCAACAGUGUACUCUGAAACUUUUCGAAGGGGAAGUGGACUAUCAAAAGGCACAGACACAUGGGUUUGUGCCUUUGGCAGUAAGUGUUGUCUGCCCAACCUGCCGUAAGCACUUUAUCACACAGGAAGCAGGUGUCCGACAACUGCCCACUGACCACCGUGUGGUACAGCUCAUAGACUUUGUAAAGAACACUGACAUUCAGAUUAUACAAUACUGCGAAAAACAUCAACAUCAGCACCUGAACUUUUUCUGUGAGUGUUGUUGUUGCCUAGUUUGUAGAGAUUGUACCAUACUAGAUCAUAAGGAGAGUGACGGACACACUGUUUUGGAUAUUGAAGCAGCCAAAAAUAAAUACAUUCAAAUCUUGGAUGAAGCCAUGGCUGAGCUGCAGUCACAAAAUACUGCUUUAAAAGAGAAGCGUGCUGCUGUGGAAAAGGUAAUUGAAUCCAUAAAUAAGGAAGAAGAAGAGUUGUCAGAGAAUAUUAAGGAAUCUUUUAUUCGAUUAAGAAAGCUCUUAGAGGAAAGAGAAAAAGAAUUACUUGGAAUGGCACAAUUAACUGUUGAUGCUGAAAAACUAAAGCUAAAAGAGAAAGUAGAUGAAAUUGAUAACAGAUGCAAAGUUCUUGAUUCUAAAUAUGAUGAAAUAAAAUCUUCCAAAGCAGAGAACAAAGUUGAGAAACUAUUUAUGGCUCAAGAAGGGACAAAAUCUACCAAGGAACUACCACCAAUUAGUAUAGCAGACGUUGACUCAAGUGUUCAAACACAGUUUACAUUUAAUGAUAAAGAUGAGAAAUAUCUGUCAAACAGAAUAAAAAAUUAUGGUGAAGUUGAAACGUAUACACAGAUAGAGUCAACAAAACCUGUAGGUUCAUCUACUAGCACAUAUGGUUCAUCAUCCUAUGCAAAAUAUGGGAGUGCUACCUAUGGAGGGUCUAUGUCUUAUGGCAGAUACACUCCAAGUUCCUACUCUAGUAACUAUGGUUACGGCAGUAGUAGAACAUACUACAGACCAUAGGUUAUUGUGUCUAUACCUUGGGUCAAUAUUUCUAGACUUCUGGAUGGUGUGUCCAAACCUAUGGUCAAUAUAUCUAGACUUUGGGGUGGUGUGUCCAAACCUUGGGUAAGUAUAUCUAGACUUUGGUGGGAUGUGUCCAAACCUGGUGUCAGUAUAAUCUAGACUUCGGGGUGGUGUGUCCAACCCUUGGGUAAGUAUAUCUAGACUUUGGUGGGAUGUGUCCAACCCUUGGGUAAGUAUAUCUAGACUUCGGGGUGGUGUGUCCAACCCUUGGGUAAGUAUAUCUAGACUUUGGUGGGAUGUGUCCAAACCUUGGGGCAGUGUACCUAGACAUUAGGAUGGUGUAUCCAGAUCUUAGGGCAGUGUACCUAGACAUUAGGAUGGUGUAUCCAGACCUUAGAGCAGUGUAUCCAGAUCUUAGGGUUAUGAUAGGAAAUCAACACUUACUGCCUGCUGCAAACCAUCAAUAUUUGCUUCAGCUGUAUAUUUUCUAUACAUACAAUGUAGUUUGACUAAAGUAAGAUAACUGUAUGUUAUGUUUUGGUUUCUUCCAUGCUGUAAUAAAAUGUAUUAAUUCUAUUAUGACAUAGUUUCUUUACUUCAACAUUAACUUUAUUUUAAUAACAAUAUUAUUUCAUUACUAAUACACUGUACAUUUAAUAAGACAGUAACAUGAUUAUCUCUUGUGUAAUGUUUGAUUUACAGUUUCAGGGUUGGUUAAUAAAUAUGUAAUGUCUAAGUAGGCUGACUUUUCAAAGUCAUGGUUAAGUUUGGAGAUAAAGAUUUUUAAAGAAUCACAGUCAAUGCUUACCCCAUUGGUAUGAUAUGGAUCUGCCCUAGUUUAUUUAGUUAACUGCUUUUGCUCAUGACAAAUGUCAGUUGUACAUGUGUUCCAGUGUGUGUAUCCUUGACAGCACUCUAGCAGUUACAUUCCUUAAGGGGUUUCAAUCAAAUUUCACACACUGAUGAAGGACCAAAAUACAUUGGAUGAUCAGGAUGACCUAUUGUUGUGGUGUUCCCUCUGUUAUGUUGUGCACUGUAUGCCAUAUGUAAACAUUUUAACAUUUUGGACAUCUCAUUUAAAGCUGGUCAGGAAAUUUGAUCAGCUAAUCAUUUUCUACAAAUCAUUAAUUAUUGUGUACAAUCAAAUUUGUUUAGAAGCAUCCCUUAGGAAAAAGAAAGAAAUUUUAAAUAAAUGAGCAGUCUUGUUGAUGCUCUAGCUUCUGUAGGAAUGACAUGAUUCUGUCUUAAGCUUCCAUAGUUUAAGGGACCUUAAUCUGGAUUCUUAUAGGGCAGAGGGGUAGGGUCUUGUAGGGGAAAUACAUAUAAAUCUCUUGAAAAUUUAAACUGCCAGGGGUAAUGAUUGCUCAGUCAGCAUUGGCUGGCAUUACUUUGAAGAUCUUAGGUGUGUGGUAAACAUUCCUACCAAUGGUGACUGAUGUCUCUCUGGAAUCUGAGAAUUGGACUCCUGGUCUAACAAUCUGAUGAUGACCUUAGUUCUGUAUGGUAUGCAGUAGGUCUCCUGCUGAUCCUGCUGCAGCUUAUACAAUUGUAGGAGGAAAUACUGGUACAGGUCAACUUAAUAGUCUCAGCUAGUGGGAAUUUCCCUUUAGUCUAAUGGUUGAGUGUACGACUGGAGACUGAAGGGUUGCCAGUGUUAACCAUAGCGUUGAGUGUACGACUGGAGACUGAAAGGUCGCUAGUGUUAACCAUAGUGUUGAGUGUAGGACUUGAGACUGAAGGGUCGCUAGUGUUAACCAUAGUGUUGAGUGUACGACUGGAGACUGAAUGGUCUCUAGUGUUAACCAUAGUGUUGAGUGUAGGACUGAAGGGUCGCUAGUGUCAACCAUAGUGUUGAGUGUAAGACUGGAGACUGAAAGGUCGCUAGUGUUAACGAUAGUGUUGAGUGUAAGACUGGAGACUGAAGGGUCGCUAGUGCAAACCAUGGUGUUGUACAGGUACAGGUAUUUUCAUUACUCCUUCCUAUAACCCAAGGAGACCCUUUCAAGAUUGUUCACAGGGUGAUAGAACCAAGAAAAGUAAUUUGCCAUGCAAUGUGAAUGAAGGAUAUUGUUAAUUACAGUUUUUCUCUUGUCUCCAUGUUGUGACAGUAUUACAUGUAGUACAAGACAUUUUGAAGUGUGUAUGACAAAUGGUUCUCACCUCAGGUACACAUAUUGUAAUGUAUAUAUGGAGUGUUUGGAAUCAGUGAAGUGCCUGUGUUUCUCACCAUGUUUUUGAAUUAGUUGAUGCACCAGUCUGACAUUUUUCACGGAGAGAAAGCUAGCUGCAUGCACUGUAACAAGCAACUAAGUGUAAAAUCAACAAUUAUUUUAUAAGACUAUUAUUUUUCUUUUAUACUGACUUUUUAAUUAGCUUUGAAAGCAAUAUUUAAUUAUUAUAAGUCUCAUUUUCAUGAAUUUCUGCACUGUGCUUACAGGUUAGUAUGAAUUUUCCACAUAUGCUUGUUCAGGGCUUUUUUGAGCAGAAUGAUAUUUGUUGUAAUACAAAAAUCUGUGAUCUCAGUAUUUUAUGCUUGCCUUAUUAUGAAAAAUAUUCAAUUAAAAAAACAAAAUAUCUAA